UUCAGAGCAAAAAUUCAUUUUCCAAAGCUCAUGCAAAUCUUCGUCUGUGUCAGAGGAAUGUCGAAUCUUGCCGUCGUUUUCGUUCUACGGACCGAGCGCUGUUGUUAUUCGGUGAAAGAUUCGACUUCAACGUCCAGCCAUGGGAAGUGUGGAGCGCUAUAUUUUGCGCGCGGUUGGUUUACUUGCAGUGCAAAUCGCCAUUGACAGAGCUGUUUCCGAGUACUUGAUCCACUUCCAGUUGAAUUUGGCUUUACUUUAUGCAGAUUAGCAUCUGGUCCUAAUUCAGAGCUUGAAAGGUUAUCUUCUUCGGUUUUUCGGUUUUGAGUGUUUUAUCCUGACUAGUGUCGUUCGCAGAUGGUGAUUUGUUGUGGCUUCUGUGGUGGUGUUUUGUUUUAAUUAUUAUUGUUUUCUCUAUCGGUUUGAUGAAUCUCUAUCGUCGGUAUUCAUAGCAUAAAUGUUUACAAGAAAUUUGUGUCGCUGUUAGCAUUUCUUUUUCGGCAUCCUAUUUCUGAAUUUAGAUUCAACUUGUGUUGUUUUGUUUUACUAAACAAUGAUUUUUGUUCGUGAUGCUACUUUCCAACUGGUUUUACCGUUCAAAUUCCUCUUGUUUUACGUCUGGUUUUUAAUAAUUCCUUUAAUUGUUUGGAGGCUGUUGUUUAUGCUUAAAGUUGUAGUUUAAAGUGCGUCUUGUAAUCAGGAAAACUGAGAAACAAAUUAUCCGAACUCUACUUUUUGAUUUAGCUUGGGUUUGAGUUUUCGCAGUGAGAUUUGUUCCUGAUUUGAAUUUCGGGUUGGAAGGGAACCCGUAGUUCCAUCUAAGAACAGCUUCAAAUUUUGAAUUUUGUUUGAUGUAGUUGCGGUGGAUUUCAUCUUCCUGAGACUGAAAAUCAGAAAAUUGGGUGACAAACUGAUCAGUUUGACUUGGAAACUAUGGAAAGAUUCCUGUCAGCCAUCGUCUCAGAAGCUCAGGCGGGAGGGCAGUCCCUGCUCGUCAAUAUAAAGAUUGCAGUGUUACCCAUAGCCAAAGUUUUCACCAUGUGCUUUCUGGGUUUUAUUUUGGCAUCUAAAUAUGUCAACAUCUUGCCUGCGAGUGGAAGGAGACUUUUGAAUAGGUUGGUCUUUUCGCUUUUGCUUCCAUGUUUAAUAUUCUCUCAGCUCGGGCAAAGUAUUACCAUGGAGAAAUUUUUUCAAUGGUGGUUUAUUCCUGCAAACAUUGUGCUGACUGCCAUAUCAGGUUCACUAAUUGGAUUAAUUGUUGCAUCAAUUGUUCGUCCUCCAUACCCCUUCUUCAAGUUCACGAUUGUACAAAUUGGGAUCGGGAACAUUGGGAAUGUGCCUCUCGUUAUUAUUGCAGCCCUCUGUAGAGACGAAUCCAACCCUUUUGGUGAUUCAGAGAAGUGUAGUACUUAUGGGAUUGCUUAUAUUUCAUUUGGCCAGUGGGUUGGUGCAAUUAUCAUCUAUACCUAUGUGUAUGCAAUGUUGACACCUCCCCCUGAGGGUACAUUUGAGAUUAAAGAUGAAAGUAUUCCAGUUAAGACCCUGCAAAAGGAUCAUACACCUGUGCUUGUUCCCUUGCUUCUUCAGGAGAUACCUUCUACAUAUUCAGAUCCUUCUAAGAAGGAAGAGACUAAAGGAUUCCUUAUGUAUUGGUUUGAGAAAUUGAAGCUCAAGCUAUUUUUCCAGCCUCCUAUCAUUGCUUCGGUUUUAGCCAUGGUUAUUGGUGUAAUACCAUUCUUAAGGCGGUUGAUCUUUACUCCUGAUGCUCCACUAUUCUUCUUCACUGAUAGCUGCAAAAUUCUCGGGGGGGCUAUGAUUCCAUGCAUCCUGUUGGCAUUGGGAGGAAACCUUGUUGAAGGUCCUGGAAACUCGAAACUCGGGCUUCGGACCACCGUUGCCAUUAUUUUUGCAAGGUUGUUUUUGGUACCUCCUACUGGACUUGGCAUUGUUAUGUUGGCUGAUAAGCUUGGUUUUCUUCCUCCUGAUGAUAAAAUGUUCCGAUUCGUUCUUCUUCUUCAGCAUUCGAUGCCAACAUCUAUCCUCUCGAGCACCGUGGCUACUUUGAGCGGAUGCGGGAGAGAAUCCGCUGCUAUUCUUUUCUGGGUUCAUAUAUUUGCUAUCAUCUCAAUGGCUGGAUGGUUGGUCCUCUAUCUCAGGAUACUCUUCUAAUGAAAUUGUAUGAUAACUAACGAAACGAUAUCGCAGACUAUAAAAGAGCGUUUUUUGAAUGUCCUAUUAAAAGUAAAGUCACACUAUUAAAAGUACGAAUACUACUAUAGAAACAUGUUAAAGUGCUAU